AGUCCUCUCUGCACUGCAGUCAGCGCCACUUUGGCGUAGGAAGGUCACGUUACAAAGUGGGUCGGCACUAGCUGCCGGAGAGAGGAGGACUGCGCAAAAACCACGGCCCGGAUUUGUGCUUGCUUGACGUCAUGGGGAGCCUCAGACCUCUCUGACAGGAUCCGACACCGAGAAGGAGCACCGGGGAUGCGCGACCGACAACCAGCGGGCCGGGAGAUGUCGACGAGCACACGGCUGUAACGUCAAGCAGAGACACGGAGAUUUUGUCCACCAUGAGAGCGCCUCUGCGCCGGUAAAGAGCUGAGUUCUGCCUCAAAACGAGCUGUUGACCGGGGAGGGAUAAACGGCCGGAGAACUAAUCCCCAGGACGGUCACAUUCACGGCGGGGCUCGGACCCGAUAGAAAUGGACAGGGCAGCACGAACUGGAUUAAAUGGUAGCGAGUGAAAGAGACGAACAAAGCGACCCUGCAGUGUUAUGCCCGUUUAUCCGUGUGCUCUUCAUUUGACUGGAAAUGGGAGCUUUAACAAGCAGACAAAACAUAGGCGUGGAAGAAGUGGACAUACCGUCCAGUUCGGUGUACCGUUAUCCACCGAAAUCUGGCAGUUACUUCGCCAGCCAUUUCAUCAUGGGGGGAGAGAAGUUUGACUCCACUCAUCCGGAGGGUUACCUGUUUGGGGAAAACACAGACCUUAACUUCCUGGGGACCAGACCUGUGGCGUUCCCGUACGCAGCCCCUCCACCUCAGGAACCAGUAAAGACGUUACGAAGCCUUAUAAACAUCCGCAAGGACACGCUGCGGCUCGUACGGUGCAGCGAGGACCUGAAGCUGCCGGGUGACGAAGCAGCAGGGAAAAACAGGGCGUGCUACAACGUAGAGUUCACCUUUGACGCCGACACACAGGUGGCCAUAACCAUCUACUACCAGGCCAUAGAAGAGUUUCACAAUGGAGUGCCAGUUUACCUGCCUCAGGACAGCUCUCUGCAGUCUGAGACGGUGCACUUCAAGAGGGGAGUGUGCCAGCAGUUCUGUCUGCCCUCACACACCGUCAACCUCAGCGAGUGGGCCGACGAGGAGCUGCUGUUUGAUAUGGACAAAGAGGUUUUCCCCAUGGUGGUGCAGGCCGUCGUAGACGAGGGGGAAGAACAUUUGGGCCACUCUCACAUCCUGCUGGCUACGUUUGAGAAGCACAUGGACGGGAGUUACUGUGUGAAGCCUCUGAAGCAGAAACAGGUGGUGGAUGGAGUGAGUUAUCUACUGCAGGAGAUCUACGGGAUCGAGAACAAAUACAACAGCCAAGAAUCAAAGGUUGCUGACGAUGAGAUCAGUGACAACAGUGCAGAGUGUGUGGUGUGUUUGUCGGAUGUGCGAGACACACUCAUCCUGCCGUGCAGACACCUGUGUCUCUGCAACGCCUGCGCCGACACUCUGCGCUACCAGGCCAACUGCUGCCCCAUCUGCAGACUGCCAUUCAGAGCUCUGCUGCAGAUCCGAGCCAUGAGGAAGAAACUCAGUCCUUUGUCACCCACCAGCUUUAACCCCGUCAUCACUUCACAGACCUCUGACUCGGAGGAACACUCAGCGUCGGAGCACAUCCCUCCAGGCUACGAGGUGGUGUCUCUCCUGGAGGCGCUGAACGGCCCCCUCAACACCUCCGUUGUGAAUCCUCCCCCUCUCCACUCGGGUCCCAGCCACGUCUCCGGAGUGCUGCCUCCGUACAGCAGCGAGCCUCACCCGGCGCCGGCCCGCUCGCUCUCCCCUCUAGACCACUCCAACUCCAGUCAGGGACUCAAACUCAAGAAGAGCGGAUCGAAGUCACUUUCCCAGAAUUCCUCUGUGCUUCCUGAAGAGGAAGAUGAGAAGUCUUGCAGCGAAUCAGAGGCGUGUCGCCACAAACUCACCGUGGACCAGCAGGAGAACGGAGUGACUCCAGACAGCGAGAACCUGACUCUCUCCUCGUCUGGAGCCAUCGACCAGUCGUCCUGCACGGGAACACCGCUCUCCUCCACCAUCACCUCCCCUGAAGACCCAGUGAGCUGCAGCCUGGUCCAGUCAGUGAUGUCCAUGGCCUCGUCCCACUCGCAGCACUCCCACAUCAGCACUGACACCAUGUCCUCCAUGUCAGGGUCCUACCUGGCCGGGGCCGAUGGCGAGCCCGGGGGGGACGAGGGGGGAGACGCCGAGGGCGAGGAGAACCAGGACGCCACCAUGGAGAGCCGAGGACCAUCGCAGCAGGACGGGGAGUUUUCCCAGGAGCCAAAGGAACAAAACUACUCAGUGGCUGUAGAGGAGCAGGACUCAGAGGGAAACGACGUCACUGAAGAGGACUGCUCCUCGCCAUCUAAUGGAAAAGGUGGGCGGAGCAGGUGUCCAGAGUUGGCCAAUAACAAUCAGGGCGUCGCCCUCUGUGACACGCCCUCUUUGGGGUUGGAUAAUGAGCAGGCUCCCGACAGCCGAUUCGCCGGUCUGAUGUAUCUUGGGGGUUACCGGCCUGUUUUGGAGCCCCUCCCCCACCACACCUCCACCAGCAACAUCAACCUGGAGGAGCAGGGGGCCGAGAACCGGGACGGCCAGAGUCCCAAACAUCCUCGCCGCGGACCACUCAUUGUGUAACACACCCAGACAAACACACACACACACACACACACACACAAAAUUACACAGACUUCUCCGUCCGGAGUCAGCUCUUCUUACCCUGCCAUAGCGCUGCAUCGCUGGAUACUGUCCUCACUGAGCAGGGAAACCCCACCUCCGCCUCCAUCCGCCUGAACACCUCCUAGAUUGAUUGCUGGAAACUCCUCUCGUGUGAAAGAGGAGGAAGAGGAACAGAAGGACAUCACAUCUGUCGUCUGUGCACUUUUAUCUCACAGGACAUUUCUUUGCUUUUUGUCUGUGACCUAACUUGUGGGAUUGUUUAGCCGACCGCUACGUUAUUAUUUAUUACUGUAGGUUUAACCAAUCAGAGCUGUGUAUUGUGACACUAUGCUGCUCCUCUCCUCCGUUUUCCUCUCCUCUAUUACCAGCCAAACAGUCAGGGGCUACUGUGAUCGGCAAUCGGAUUUAUUACUAAUGUACUUGUAAUUCUUCUCUCUUAUAAACUGUAUGUUGAGUGAGUGUUGCGGGCACGAUUUAAAAAGUCAGCUCACACCGGACUACCUUAUAGCAAAGUGCUGACUCCUCUCCUCUGAUCAGGGAGCUCUCGUCUCGCACGCAGCUUUCGACCUCUGCUGAUGUUUUUUCCUCUCAUUCCCGCCACGAUUUUUCAACCUUGUGCUGAGUGCGAAGCGGUUGGACUCGCGAGGUUGGCGGAAGAGCCAAGAAAUGGCGGCCAAACUGAA